CGCCGUGGGUUGCAGGGCGAGGACUGGAGACUUGGCAUUUCUGUCCGUGUUUUGACCGGUGCCUAUUGUCAGCAAGUUGCUCCCCACCUCAUGCUGGUAUUGUUUGCAAAGCAUCCUCCAGGUCUAGUACUUUGCUGUUUGCAGAGCGCCUCUCGUAAAAUGCCACACCGACGACCAGGAAACUUGGGAUUCGUGGAGUUUGUGGGCAAUACUGUUUUCUCUGUUAAAAUCCGGCGCCUCGCGACCCCGAGGGGGCGGGGGGGGGGAGCUCAGCAAAGACUUUGUGCUCUCCGGGGGAUGUGCGCAGCCGUAUUUUAGGAGACAAUCCUGCAGAGGCACUGGCUCCUUACUGAGGCAGCCGCUGAAGACUGCAAAGUCUGCUGUCCUGAGUUACAUUCCAGACAUUGACACUGAGCCACCUUGAACCUGUGCUGCCCUCUCUGAGCCUACGUCGCCGCCUCAGCCAGGUGUGAGCCGACUAAUAUUAUAAACUCGAGAAUUGAGGAAAAUGAAAUGAUGUGAGCAGGGAAGUAAUUUAAACAGAGUCCUGGAUUGAGGAGAUUGAGUGAAGGAAUUCUGUUCAUAAAUGCUGCAUCCUCAGAAUUGGUUCUUUUGGUUUGGUUUGGAUUUUGAGUCUCUCACUAUGUAGCUCAAACUGGCUUUGAACUUGUUAUGUAGCCCAGACCGGCCAAAACUUGAGGUCUUCCUGCCUAAGUCUCCCAAAUGCUGAAAUUUUGGCUUUGCACCACCCCACUCCACUCAGACUAUUUACCUGGGUUGUAAGAAAAGGCCUCUCAUUUUUUAAAAGAUGCUAUUUGAGUCAGAGACUUAGAGAAAGCGAAGAAGUAGGACACAUGGAUGCCUGAGUUAUUUUCCAGACAAGACCACCACCUGCAGGGCUCAUCACAGGAGUCAUGCUUGAAUGGAAACAGACUAUAACCCCGUGGAGCUGGGCAGUAUGUCUGGGUUUGAGGAAGGCUCCGAGCUCAAUGGGUUCGAAGGAACGGAUAUGAAGGACAUGCGGCUAGAGGCUGAGGCUGUCGUAAAUGAUGUUCUCUUCGCUGUCAACAGCAUGUUUGUCUCAAAAAGCCUGCGCUGUGCAGAUGAUGUGGCUUACAUCAACGUGGAGACAAAGGAGAGGAACCAAUACUGCCUAGAGCUCACAGAAGCAGGGCUCAGGGUGGUGGGCUAUGCUUUUGACCAGGUGGAAGAUCAUUUGCAGACCCCUUACCACGAGACAGUCUACUCCUUGUUGGAUACGCUCAGCCCUGCCUACCGGGAAGCAUUUGGAAAUGCACUCCUUCAGAGACUGGAAGCUUUGAAAAGGGAUGGGCAGUCAUGACUCAUUUUCCUCAUAGUGGGGCUACCGCUGGCAUAGAAUGCUAACAUAAGACUUGACAUCCUUGCAUAUAAUCAUUGUAGAAAGUGCAUCGUUGGCUUUAUGUGUUUAUCAUUCACAUGUAGGCUUUUGACUCAGAACAUAAUUAACUCAUAAACUGUCUUAGCUCCAGAUUCAUUCAAGGAAAUUUCAAGGCCAUUACUCUGACACUAUCAUUAAGUUCUGAUUUCUUCACACAGCCUCUCUACAUCUCAAUACCUAAUCAGCGUUUCAUUCUCUUACGACAGGGCUUCAAUGCUGCCAGCACUCUCUUUUACAUAGAAAAUUCUAGAUUUGCACAGUGAUAUAGAAAUUAGAAUCACCUAGCUUCAGACCUGGAUUCAGCCUGCUAAAUCAGGGGUUUACUACUAGCUUGGACUGACUUAGUAGUGGUUAUUUUGACUGGCCUUAUUGGGAACAAACUGUCAACUAGUUUCCCCUGCACAGACUGGAAAUUUACUGGUCUACUUACAUUACCCAGUGGACUGAUGGAGGUGAAUUGCUUCUAUGUUACUUAACUAGGAUGAAAGGAAAGGCAGGGACAGAAAUAGUUCUUAUUCCUUGUUCGCAACAGCCAGCCAUCCUAGAGAGGACAGACCGUUAGCAAAUGAAUGUAACAAUUACUCAUUUCCAAGAGAUCUAAGCACAUGAGCAAAUAGAGGAACAGGCACCACCGCAUCCUCAGCGUGUAUCAUUUCAAAGGAAAAAGAUCCUGGUUUCCUGGGAAACGAUAUUUUGGCCUGUGUUGAUUCUUAUUCUGAAUGUUUGUUUACAAUGUACAGUAUAUAUAUAUAUAUUCAGAAAGUAUUUUUGCUUCAACGCUUACUUUCUAUAAAGUAGUGCUUUGGUAUUCCUACAGCACCCUCCUUACCCUGCAGUCGGACAGUGUUCUGUCUCAUUGCCACAUGUACAGUGUAAUAUGAGUGCAUUGUAUGGUUUGAAACCAAAGGAUGAAUGAAGCAUUCAGAAACUUGAUAUUUAAAAAAGAGAUGCUCUGUAUUUUAUAUUUUAUUACAGUCCCUGGUGUUUAUAAACUUAAUAAAACACUUCAUGCUGCUGCA